ACAUUAAAAAAAAAUAAAAAAAUGCUAAUUACAGCACAAUCCACGCGUUGCCUGGGGAAGCACCUAGAAAAAGGAAAGGGAAAGUUGUUUCUCUUUGAUUGCGAUCCAAAAAGUCUCUUGGCCGGCGGUUUCUGUGGCUCGGCGACUCAGUCCCCGAAUCUCAGUGGUUUGUCGUGGCUCCUUUAUCCAAUUUGGUUUACGGCUCUGAUAGAUCGGUAGUUGUGUCGGAGCUCUCCUCUUUUGGGGCUUGCUUCUGAGAUCUGGUUUUCCGAGGGUGCAUCAUUUUAUUUCCAGAUCUCCUCUUCCUCCCGGGCGUUUUGGUGUGGCCUCAGUUUGGAGAAAAGAUAUGAUUAUUGGAUAAGUCGUAUAUGGUUCUCCGCAUGAUCCAACAGCUCUACAACUACAAGUUGCCUCCUCCUCUGAAGAGACUAGGCAGUAGUCUUGGAGAUGAUUCCCCUCUUAUCCGCUGCUAUGUGAAAAUACUUUCCACAUGUUCUCUAAGUGGAGUUACUAAAAUGUGGGAGAUGCCUCAAGUUACAGACAAGAUUGCUGUCUUGAAGGACCACAAAGAACGUGCAACCGAUGUAGUGUUCUCCCCUGUGGAUGAUUGUCUAGCAACUGCUUCUGCUGAUCGAUUUGCAAAGUUGUGGAAAACUGUUGGAACGCUCCUACAAACUUUUAAAGGCCAUUUGAAUCGUCUUUCACGUGUUGCCUUUCACCCAUCAGGGACAUACCUGGGAACCACCACCUUGCACGUGUCUAGUUCUCUAAGUGGCGUUACCAAACUGUGGGAGAUGCCUCAAGUUACAAACAAGAUUGCUGUCCUGAAGGACCCCAAAGGACGUGCAACUGAUCUAGUGUUCUCCCCUAUGGAUGAUUCUCUAGCAACUGCUUCUGCUGAUCGAACUGCAAAGCUCUCUACUUACUGAUAUUGCAGAGAAGGUUCUGCUCUAACCUCGGGAUGUCCAACCAUGCGAUUAAAGCUGCUCAGGAAGCUGUGCAAAAAUCUGAGGAAUUUGACAUAAGGAGGAGUCCUAUAUCAAUAGCGGCAGUGGUCAUUUAUAUCAUAACCCAGCUUUCUGAUGACAAGAAGACUCUCAAAGAUAUGGCCGGAUUGAAAAGAAGAACUCAAGUUAGUUACCGCGGGAUUGAAGAUGUCUAUUUCCUCAUGAGCACAAUUUAGAUCACCCGUCAAGAUCACAGGCUUAGACUUCUCCAGCUCCUGUAAAUGCAAAAGGUUCAUUAAGCUUGUGUAACACAUACAAAAAAAUAAAGAAAUUCCACUAGAAAGUAUCAUACUUUGAUGUAAUUGCUGAGGGUUCGAUCCCAUUCUUCGA